UUCGGUGUGCCGGGAAACGCGACCUCGUGUAUCGUCGUCGUCGAGAAAAGAGCGACCCCCCCACCCAAUCUCUUCUCUUUCUCUCUUGUUUUUCCGGGAAAGUGCGGGGAAAAGGAAAGGGAAAAGGCGGACGGGAAAAGAGGGAAGGACAAAAAGAGCUCGGUCGUCAUCGGUGGCGCGUCGGAUGAAAAGCAUCGCCUCCCGAGAAGAAGAAGGAGGAGGAGGAGGAGGAGAGAGCGGGGAGCCAUGAGCAGUAAUAAGUCGCCGUUCAGGGAUUCUCUCAAGGCCCUCGAAGCUGAUAUCCAGCACGCCAACACCCUGGCCUUGGACUAUCCGAGAGAAAAUGGAGCGUACCUUCAGAUGAGAUUAUCUUACAGUCCGGUUGCCCACUUAUUUCUUUUUCUUGUCCAAUGGACUGACUGUCACCUGGCUGGUGCGCUUGGGCUGCUUAGAAUUCUUAUAUACAUGAACUGUGCAGAUGGCAAGACCACUAUGUCUGUCUAUGAGAGGAAAGCAAGCAUCAGAGACUUUUAUGCAGUUAUAUUCCCUUCUCUGUUGCAACUUCAAAGAGGCAUCACAGAUUUGGAAGAGAGGAAGCAGAGACUAGUCUGUUCUGACCGGUAUCGGAAAAAGGAAGAGCUGCUUUGGGGGAAGUUCUGUGAACUUGACUUAGAAAGAGAAGAUGAGUGCGGGAUUUGCUUGGAGACGACCAGCAGGGUUAUCUUGCCUAACUGCUGUCAUUCUUUGUGUUUAAGGCGCGCACGGUCUCAGUCAUGUCCAUUCUGUAGGGAUAGUCUCAAAAGAAUCAAAUCUGAAGACCUCUGGAUUUACACAGAAAAGCGUGAUAUCGUUGAUUUGCCCACCAUUCUGAAGGAGAAUGCUAAGAGGCUGUUCAUGUACAUUGAUAACUUGCCUCUGGUCGUUCCGGACACUGUUUUUCUUCCCCACGAUACUCACUGUAGGUGAGUCAAUUGUUCUACUGUAUAGGCUUUUGAUGUACAGAGCUAGCCGAUAUUUAAAAUAAUCUUUUGAAGUGCUGAAGUCAAUCUAUUGUCACUUCAAUGGGUGUUAACUCUUGGAAUCCCUGGAGUUUUCUGAAGCAUUGCAUCUUGUUCUGCCUAA